GUAAAUUCACAGGGUUUGAAUGAUAUUUCCAGCUUUCAUUUCUGUGAAUUGUGCCCGUGCGUAAAACGCCCCUUAUGCGCAUCUGAUCACGCAGCCAAAGGAGAGACUAAAUUCAGCACCGGCGCGCUAUCCGUCAAAGCGCAGAUCCAUCACUUGAUCUACAGCAAGAGCAGAGAGCACAUCUGUCUUCAAUGCCAUUUUACAACAGCUGAAGGACAAGCACCAUUAGAUCCUGUCGAUUGUACGAUAUUAUUCAUUAAAAUGAAUGUAAAUUAGUAUCAAUCAAAAACUAAAAGACCAAGUGCGUAACUAAGCGCGUAAAGUUCUUAUUUGACGCUUAUUGUGGAAUGAACAGCAUGAAAUCAUGUAAUCACACCGGACUUUACAUCAUUCAAGUGUGAGCUUAAAACUUGGAGACCUUUCCAGAAUGGAGAACUUGACGGCAACUAAUGAGACUUUGGAAACCUGGACUGACCGCAGCCUCGAAUACAAGGUGAUCAGCGUCCUGAUAGUUUUCCUAAUAUGCGCUCUUGGCAUUGUUGGAAACGUGAUGGUCAUUUUGGUCGUCCUUACCACGAAACACAUGCGGACCCCCACUAACGGUUACCUGGUUAGUUUGGCCGUCGCAGACCUAAUGGUCUUGAUCUCGGCCGGUCUACCGAGCAUAGCGGACAGUUUAUUCGGUUCGUGGAUUUUUGGGCACCUCGGGUGCCUUUCCAUCACCUAUUUCCAAUAUCUCGGAAUCAACGCAUCGUCGUGCUCCAUAACGGCGUUCACUAUAGAGCGAUACAUCGCUAUAUGUCACCCGAUCAAAGCGCAGUUUUUAUGCACGCUCUCCAGGGCAAAGAAAAUUAUUUUAGGAGUCUGGGUCUUUACCUCGCUUUACUGCGUUAUGUGGUUUUAUCUGACCGACAUCCAACAGGUGGUCUACAAGGAUGUGACUAUAGUAACGUGCGCGUACAAAGUGUCCAGAAACCUUUACCUACCCAUAUAUUUUUUCGAUUUUGGCAUCUUCUUUGUUCUACCACUCACCCUUGCGACAAUCCUGUAUGGGCUCAUUGCAAGAAUUUUGUUUCUUAAUCCGCUACCGUCCGACCUUAAAGAGGACAAAAAUGGGCACAAGAACUUUUGCAUGGCAAAAAAGAACAAGAUGAAGAAUUCCAGCCGAUGCUCAAGUAAAACUGCAGCAUCCAGGAGACAGGUAACAAAGAUGCUGGCAGUGGUGGUUAUUCUGUUUGCUGUACUAUGGAUGCCGUACCGCACACUGGUGGUGGUUAACUCCUUCCUGCAGGAGGCUUAUCUGGACAUCUGGUUUCUGCUCUUCUGUCGCACCUGCGUCUACCUCAACAGCGCUAUUAACCCCCUCAUCUACAACGUCAUGUCACAGAAGUUCCGCGCCGCAUUCAGGAGGCUCUGCCGCUGCGGACGCUCCGCGCAGGCGCAGAAGGUGGCCUACAGCGUCGCCCUAACUUACAGCGUUGCCAAGGAAACAUCGACGGUGGAGACCACAGCGCAUUUUUCAACCGACAUAGACGAUCUGACACCAUCGGAGGAUUUGUUCUCUGAUAAGAAGCUCAUGUACACGCAGAACUGCGAGUUUGCAAAAUAAACUUUUAGUCAGACCUGAUAAACUUACAAUACACACAAACAUUUGGUGUCACUAUAUAAGUAAAGUCAUAAACAGUUUCUUUAUCCCCUAAAUGAGUGGACUUCAACAACAUUUUAAGGACGCCCACUCACAAUAUCUAACCUCUCUGGAAAAGGUACAAGAAGGUACAAAAAUUGUCACUGGGGUGGUACCAUUUUUAUACCUAAAAGGUGGAUAUUGGUACCAUAGAGGUACAUACUGGUUCCUCAAAAGUACAUACAGUAUCUUUACCAAAAUGGUACAUAUUAGGACCGUCCCAGUGACAACCAAAUAAAAAAUAGAGCUUAGCAUAACUAGAAAGACAUAUAGUCAGUACAACAUAACCAAACACUACGAAAUAUCUUGAUUUUCGUUUUGUUCAAUUAUAAAUAAUUUAAAGUCACGUUGAUGCCCCGUGCAAGGCCUCCUGGUUAAGUAUCAUGGACUUAAAUCGUACCCUCACAGAAGCAUGUGUCAUAGAAAAACAUGAUUUUGCCUUUUUAUUUAAAAUUUCCUCAGAAGUAGGUUGUCAUGAUACUUCACUAUGAACGUUUUGCCCUCACAAGUAUAGCUAAACCUACGCGCGCACACACAUCUCAGUGCCAUGAAUACCACAAGAAGCACUCAAAAAGUCAUGCUCACUUAGAAGUCAUCGCAUUAUGUUGCGAGCUUGUCAAACUGUUUCUUGGAAACGGUUCAUUAAGCGUGUUUCAUCAGUCACAGAGUUGCAUUCUUUGCAAGUGAUAUUACUCUUAAUUGAAAACACAAUGUACUGUAUAAAUAAUGCAGGGGUAACUGAAGUACAUAUUGAUCCCAAUCUAUCAUUGGGGGUCCUUGUUUUGAUUAAUGAGUGUUUUUUCUGCUGCAGACCCCUGGGAAAAAACAGCUGAGGCUGCUUUAGUCUGCAGUUGCUGCAAACAUGUUCAAUGAUGUGCUUUGUUGUAGUUUGCUGUAAUGUCAGGAACCGAUGUAUAUAUCAUUAAUAUAUAUUUUGAUAAGAUACAAUGUUUUUAUUCCCAAACUAAUGAGACAGGAAGUAUCAGGGUAAACUGUAAAUAAGCGAUGAAUUAACAAACAAAGAAACCAAGUUAAAUGGCGAAUAGAAAUCUAAAUGGAGGAAUGAAUGAUUUGACUUGUGGAAUUAUUUUAAUAGAAAAAUACAGUUAUACUGUAAAAUGUAAUCAUGUAAGAAUAUUUGAAGAGUUUGAUUCCAAAACGAGAUAACUCCGUUAUUUUUUUAUUUGUUGAUUGUGAAUUCCAAUUAAUAUCAAUCAAACUGCAGUUGGUUUGUUUUGAUUUAAGCUUUCAUAAUAAAAAUAAAAAAAACAGUAAGUAGCAAAAUAAAAAACAAUAAAACACGAUUACAUAAAAGUUAACAUGUUUUGACAAAAAAUUUAAAAAAGGAGUUAAAGGCGAGGUGCGCAAUCUCUGAAAGCCAAUGUUGACAUCUGAAAUCACCUAAACAAACAUGCCCCUACCCCAAUAGAAUCUGGACCGUCUUUUGAUAGACCCGCCCAUAGACUGUAAAAAAAGAUGGACGACGCCCGUUCGCUCUCUUCCAUUGAAGCCGCCAGUGUGCCGAUACGGUGCUGACAUCUUGGGUCCUGAGUCUGCGCAGUAGCGAUUUCGGAACCAGUCCUGCGCAGUAGUGAGCAGAAAGUAAAGCCGCGAAAUCAAGGCCCCGCCCUCGCAGAAUGCGCAUAUCACAGCUAUCAAUCAUGACGUGACACCACUAACUAAAACAAACUUAUUUUAAAAACAAACACUUGAAUUUACAUCAGCGUGAUAAAAACUACAGUAAAUGACAGAAACCAGCUUAGGAAAAAAGAUAAUUGAAGUGUAAUUAAAUUGUUUAGUUCAGUAGUUCUCAAACUGGGGUCCGGGGCCCCCAGGGGGGCCGCGAGAUGGUGCCAGGGGGGCCCCAGUUUUAUGACAUUUUAUAAAAUACAUUAAUUUAUCAUGAAUUCUGUGUAAUUAAACCUAAAAAGAAAUAAGGCUACUAACCAACAGCACUACUUUAUAUAACUUAUGUUUUGUUUAAUUAAAAUGUUACAUUUUAGAACAGUUUUUGUCAUACAUUUUCUUUGGGGGGGCCGCGAAGGAUUGCACCACAAGGGGGGCCGCAAGCGGAAAAAGUUUGAGAACCACUGGUUUAGUUGGUCUCAAGUCCUAUUGAAUAACAUGGGGGAGGCGGGGUUUAUGACCUAUACUGGAACCAGUCACUGAGGGGCGAUGGAGAUGUUUUUGCUUCACUUUUCAGGGCUUGUGCGGCACGCUUGGACCCGCCCCACACAUACGCAACCCAGGCAACGAUGUCGGUUGGUAGACACGCCCCUUAAUGCAGAUUGGCUACAAGUGUGUUUUGGUAGUCGGCCCCGACUCUCUUUUCCAAAGCGUUUUUCAGAAAUCGUGCACCUUUAACUCGUUUUGGAACCAAACUCUUCAUUUUCUGUAUUGCUUUACAGAUUAAUAUAUUUAUAUUAUAUUUGUAUAAAAAAGGCUUUCAUUGAUCUGAUGCCUUAUUUGUAAGCAUCAUCAGCUGCAAAGUUAACCUUCAUGCAUUUUUGUACAUAUCUUCUCAUCAGAUACACCAGUUGAAUUAGCUUGAUUUAGCAUAUUUACAUUCGAAGUUUAAAGUCAGUGUGCAUUUUUCAUAGUUUUUUAAAUGUAAUAUUAAGGGUGUCAUUAUAGUGUGGAAAAGUUCUCUGUUGUGUUUUUAAUGGUUAGGCAGCUUUACGGUCCAGUGUCAAUGAUUUUUAGCUAUAUUUUUGCAGAUUUUUUUUUUUUACAAAUAAGUUGCACAAAGAGGUUUCACAAGCAGGUUUGUUUGCAAUAAAAUUGUGUUUAAAGACAGGGUUAUAGAGUCCACCAGAGUUGGAUAAAUGACAGAGAUAUAAUACAGUUACAGUGUAUUCAAAACUAUUUUUCUGUAAAUCAAAUACAUUUGUGUAAUUGUGUGGUAACUGUUAAACUGUAAAUGCUUGCCAAUGUACUGCUGAAUUAUUCAAUCAGGUUGGUAUUUAAAAUGAUGUAUUAUGAUUGUAUGUGAAUACUGGAGUUAUUAUAUUUAGCAUAUACAUUCACUGUAAAAAUGUGCUCAUUAAAGACUGAGUUCAUUGAGAUGGAGGUGAUUUCUAUAAAUCUUUUCACUGACGAACAAUCAUGAACAGCGCUUCACAAUACCACAGUAAUUUCUAAUUGUACAUUUAAACUAAGAUUAUUCUUUGACUACAGCUGUUACAUUAAGUUACUUUCACAAAAAUUGGCAAUCAAGUACUGAUAUACAAUGCAAUCAAUUUGCAUUGUGUCGAAAGAAUAAAAGACAAAGAACGGUUUGGAAAAUUGACUGUUUUGAGAAAACUGCUGUGAUAUUGGCAGCCUCAAGCAGAUUUUAAAACAUUAUUCAUCAUAAGCAAGUGCCACCAUGAACCAAGGUCACCAAUUACUUUCCUGUAUUAUUGUGUAAUUCAUCCUCUAUUUAAAAGAUUAGAAAAUACUUUGAAUGCAUAAUAAUAUUCAUGUGCUAAAACACACAUGAAGACACAUUUAUACAAGGUGUUAUCAGUGAUGACUUUAUAAUCGG